AUGGGAGACUGGGACUUUUACUGUGCCAUCUGCGGCGGUCCGCUGUCCAAGCCCUAUUGGGACUCGCCCGGCCUAGAGGAGACUGCCGCGGCUAUUGCGCGCCACGACGAGGCGAGAGCGAGGGAGCGAAAUGGUGAGGCACGAGAAGAUAGGUCGGGCCACAGUACGGACUAUUACGACCCCCGCGUCUUGCAUUCGGCUCGCGACGACAAGUUGAACUGGCUGGACCAAUUCAGGGUGGUCAGCGAAGCGCCCGAAGAGUACGGCAGGGAUGUCCCCGAAGCCUGGAUCUCGGGUCCGGCCAGACGGUCAUCGUUCGGCAGCGCCCGCGUUGUCUUUCCAGACACAGAGGGCCCUCUCGCAGGCACUGUGAAGGAAAUGACUGUGUACGAGCCAGUCGUGGAACGAUCGCAACCCCUUGCCAUUCCCUUCCACGACCAAUGUCGCGACCUUCUCCUCAAGCGGACCGGUGAAGCGGAGCUUGAUGCUGAAGCUUUCUACCAGACGGUCUGUACUCUCUCUGGCGGAAGGGACUGCCUGGGAAAACUGCAGUACGGAAAGAUUGCGCACGAGAUGCAGCAGUAUUGGCUGACGGCCUGGGGGCGAGAAUGGCUUGUGAUGCCGCCGCUCGAUAUACCCGGUUUGCAGCAGUAUUACCAAAACUUACCCAAGAUCGAUGAAGUGUCUUCGGCUCAGACACGGCAUACUGAGCUGCGGUCGGCCGCAAACGACCCCUUUAGUCGCUUUCCUUAUGAGGUCCUGGAACAGAUUAUGGGAGAGCUGCCACUAGCAUCUAUCCGCAAACUCCGUCUGGCGUCACGGGCAGUGCCCAAUCAGGAACUGCCAAAUGGCUUCUGGAAAAAGCUUGUCUGGCGAGACCUGGGCUUUCUGUUCGAUAUGCCUGAUGCAGCCCGAAACGCUACCGACGUGGACUGGCGCCGGGUGUAUAGGGAUAUCUCCAGAUGGAGCAACCCUAAACGACGUAAAGUGGUUGGGGGGUUAGCGAAUCGGGCUCGCAUCUGGAAGAAAACCUUGCCUCAGAUUGCAGAGCCGUACAUGAGGAAUUUGGCUGCCAAGCAGCGCGAGAGAGCAAACGAGCCAUUAGUCUUCAAAGGGGCCAAGAACGAAGGCCUUGCAAGCCUAGUGUUGCCAGAGCCCAAAGAUGCCAGAACCACAAAUAUUGCAUUCAUGUCGAUGCCUCACUUGCUCCAUCGCGCAAAGCUGGAGCUCGUGAUCAGCUUCAACGAGUUCAACGAGAUUGCCAACCUGUAUGCUAUCAAUCACGCAGAGAGCACCCUCGCCGAAAGUACAAAGACGUACACAGGGAGGAUUGAGAAGGUCCGUAUCCCAGACGACAGCUGGGUCACGGGCAUUAUUGUGACCACUGCCACGAGAAAGGUGAAGGAUAAUGGCAUGGCCACACAUGCACUAAGACGGGUUGUGGGUUUGGAGGUCUUGCUGACCAAAGAGGGCGCAUCUGUCAAAGUAGGCUGCCAACGAGGUGACAAGAAGGUCAUUCACGUACCCGAGGGCGACUUCAUUGUUGGGCUCAAGGUCCGUCAAUCCCCCGGUUCUGCCGUCCUGUGCCGGCUCGGUCUGCUCUGCCACCAAAGCUGGCGAGCUGGUUCCAACAACUACCGACAGCGCAGUUACAACGACGACAAGUAUAGCCUUGUUCAAGGUAGAAUGUGGUACCAUGAACUCCCUUGCCAACGGCCAGGGUCAGGUGCAGGGCCAGCUCCAGGCGAGACUCACAGCGGGUACUGGGACUCUGGUCUCGUCGCAGACGUCGAGCCCAUGCAGCACCUCAUCUGGGACGCAGGAUGGGACUUCGCUUCACCUUCACACAUCACAUCCAUCUCGGCCGAUGUGCUGUUCGGUGGUUUCAGAGUGACGUACGAAAACCAGCCUGACCGCACCAUUGGUCCGUGCCUCCACGCCGUGAAGACACUGACCAUUGACGCAGCCGGCGGCGAAGAGGUCUUGAGCAUGCACUAUUGCAUCAACCACAUCCUUACCAGCAUCCGCUUCGUCACCACCAGGAACCGGCAGCUUGUCAUCGGACAACCUGAUGGCAGGGAGAAGAGAUUUCCCACCAGAGAGAGCCCCAAUGAGCGAUUAUCCGGAUUCUUCGCUCACUGGUCAGCGUCAUGGUCGCCUUUACCCACGCUGAAGGCCAUUGGGGGCUUCCUUAGUCCAUCCAACGGGCUGGAAACGGAUGCUUCACCGGAAUUUUCGCAGCAGGUGGGCGGCCCAUACUGGGAACCGACAGAGCUGGCGGAGGGCCUCGCAACGUCAGGUCCCUGUAUUGGCGCUUUCAUGUUCCAUGCAGGGCAGAUGGGCCCCCGUGACAAGUCUGUCCCGGACGAAUGCGCCGUCCGGGCUUGGUUGGAUUGUAGCCAGGCGAUAGCCAGUGUUACAACGACCCUGUGUCACACGUCUGAGCCUCACGCGCUGCCUCUGGUUGGCGUGACGUUGACCAUGGUGGAUGGAAGCACAGCGUCCGUAGGCCCAGACACAUUCUCGUCUGUCCCGGAGGACUGCUGGUGUUCACUUGGGAUAUCUGAUAAGAAGGAGAGGGAGGCUCGACCGCACUACGUACACGACACGUGGAACGUCGGUGGUCAGCAUCUGAUCAAGUUACGCGUCUGGCUCUGGGCGUUGUCCACGGCGGGCCAAGGACACAGAAUCGCCGCCAUGUCCUGGGUUGCCGCAGACGGAGGCGAAAGCCCCAGGUACGGCCACUGGGGCCACACGGGCGAGGGGGAAGAGGUCUACGAGAUUGAGUUUGGAGAUGGCAAGGCCGUCGGUCUGCUGUGCUUUGUAGGGUUCAACGGGAGGCAAGUGACGAGGGACGACUGCACGGUGCAAGCUGUCCAGGCGUUGGUCAGAUGUGAUUAG